AUGACGGCGCGUUUAGGAUUGGCUCAGCUGCGCCUUCGCUCUAAGCCAAUAGAAGAGAGAAAGACCGGUGGUAAGGCUAGGGCUAAGGCCAAGACUCGCUCAUCCCGUGCCGGCCUUCAGUUCCCUGUGGGCCGUGUUCACAGACUGCUACGUAAGGGUAAUUACGCCGAGCGUGUGGGAGCUGGUGCUCCUGUCUACUUGGCUGCCGUGUUGGAGUAUCUGACCGCUGAAAUCCUCGAGUUGGCUGGUAACGCCGCCAGAGAUAACAAGAAGUCUCGUAUCAUCCCUCGUCAUCUGCAGUUGGCCGUGCGUAACGACGAGGAGUUGAACAGACUGCUUGGAGGUGUAACCAUCGCUCAGGGCGGUGUGCUGCCUAACAUCCAGGCUGUUCUGUUGCCCAAGAAGACCGAGAAAGGAGCCAAGGCCAAGUAAAGUCGCUCUCGUGUUAUAACCAAAAGGCUCUUUUAAGACCCAUUUCCACAGAAAAAGUGCAAUUUCCCCAGAUAAUGUGUUAACAAAACAAAUGUAAUAUCGUUGUUCAUAGAAUCACACGUUGUAAA